UCACUCUCGUUUGCUCGACCUAUCUGCCCCGCAAACUAUAAAAAUGUUAAAUUAUCGUCGUCUUUCAGUCGGCUUAAGGCAAGCAACAACAUGUGCUUCCAACGUAUUUCUUUUCAACACGAGGCAAACUAAACAUUUGAGUUUCAAGUUUAGUUCGGGGUAUUUUCAGAGGUUUUAUGCUAGUGCGUCUGUCACGGGACAAAUCUCACUGAAUCCUCGAAGCACUCAACAUGGUGGAGGUAGUUCUGUUUCUAAAACUUCACCAUUCAGGUCGAUUUUGUCUGCUCGGAGUCUAUCCUUAUCAGGAACAGCACGCUCUAAGGAAGAAGCUAAAGCAAGCAAAUCCCUGCUUGACCUCCAACCGAACGACUUUGUCGACUUCAUGAAUGAGAAGAAGAUUCGGCGGUGUUUUGUCGUGUACGACAGGAAAACCGGCGAAGUUCGGGUGUCCCACCCAGAGCUGACUGAGCUGGGGGAUUUUGCUCGCAAUGACCGGGUGGAUUAUGACAAGCAUGAGGCGAUGUUCCUGGAGAUUGGAGAGCGGUCGGGUUGCUUACUGGGUGCAUUCGUUUGGAGGACCAACAGGGGUCAAGCUUGUGGUGGUAUCCGACUAUGGGACUACACAACCAUGGAGCAGUACUUGAGGGACGGACUGCGGCUUGGUCAAGGAAUGGGAGUCAAGUCAGCUCUGGCUGGUUUAUGGGCCGGUGGUGGUGUGGUUCGAGUAUGCGAGCCGAGGGAGCGUCUAUCACUUGUCUCUGACCCACGGUCAUCUCUUCUGGCAGACUGUGGUUGCUUUCUGUCCAGCCUGAACGGAUGCCUUGUUGCUGCAGAGGAUGUUGGUCUUAACGUAAGAGACCUGGACAAUGUUCACAUGUAUACCCGCUACACGACUUGCAUCUCUGAGGAAAAGGGAGGCUCUGGGAACCCCUCAGUGGCCACUGGCAAAGGAGUAAUCUGUGCAAUGGAAGGAGCUCUAGAUUUCUUAUGUAUGGGUUCUCUCGUAGGAAAGAGAAUCGGCAUACAGGGAGCUGGUAAUGUCUCUACCGUCAUUGUCCAGGAGCUUUUGAAGAAAGAGGUGUCUCACAUCUAUGUGACUGACUGUCACAUGAACAGAGUGACUGAUAUGAGGAAUAGAUUCCCAGGGACGGCUGAUAUUCUACAGGUUGAGAAAGUACCGUUAGAUGACAAUGGAGUGUUAGCUCAUCACUGUGAUAUCAUUUCACCAUGUGCCCUCGGCAAUGUUUUGAAUGGAGAGACGAUUCCCACAAUACAAGCUAAGAUUGUAUGUGGAGCUGCAAACAAUCAGUUAGGCUGCCCUAGUGAUAACCAUCUACUCAAGGAGAGAGGGAUUACAUACAUCGUGGAUUACCUGGCUAACAGAAUGGGCAUUGUCAACUGUGCGAAUGAAACCUAUGGGAGACUACCGGAUGAUCCUGCCAUCAAUAGGCACUUUGGACGAGAGUGGGAGAACUCAAUAUUCUUGAUGACCAAAAAGAUCCUGAAAAAGGCUGCAACUGAGGACAUCACUCCAGUGGAAGCAGCCAACGCCAUUGCCGACAAACUCAGCAUGGAUCUACAUCCAAUAUGGCCGCAUCGUAGUCAACAAAUCAUCGAUUCACUUGUGGAGAACAAAUGGCAUCUGCAGAAAGUAUAGACUCAAGGAGCAGUGUUUAAGGCGCACAUGUGUUGAGCAUCGCGCGCUACUGCUGCGGUGUACAUGUGCCUAGUUUUGUGCAUAAAGACAUGAGGAAAUCAUGUUAAUUUUUACUCUUUAUGGAAAUUAAAUGUUUUCCUCAUCGACUUACACAAUUUCCUUGCCAGGACAUCAUGAUAUACUAAUCUAGAUCACUGACCAGAAAUAUUUGCAACUAAAUUGAAACCGAAUCAUCUUGAAAACGGUCAUGUCUUAGGUGAGUUUGGGGAAAAGACGCGGAAACUGCAUAAAAUAGUCACUAAAAUGAGUAUUUGUCAGAAUUUCAGUAUUUUACUCUGUGCUUAAUUUUAAAAAAAAAAUUAACAAUGUAGUAAAUCGUCAUUUUACAUGCAGCCAUGUCAGAAAAAUGCUUAAAUUGUCGAGGAAGACAUUACAUUUCCAUAAAAAGUGAAAAGGGAAACGAUUUUCUCGUGUCUUUGUGCACAAAGUUAGGCACAGGUACACCGCAGCAGUGGCGCGCGGCGCCCAUGGCGGCGCCCAGGACUUGCACGCCUGGAUUUGUCUAUAGCCACAUGCCUGCUUUGAUCACGAUGACAGAGCCCCUUUAUGUGAAGGAAGUUACACACCAACUUCUCAGCCAUUCGUGAAAGUAGACGAGGGACAAUAUAAUGCAAUUCCAUUGCGGGCAUGUACACACACUGUUAACAUGGUGAAAUACAAUUCCAUUGCGGGCAUGUACACACACUGUUAACAUGGUGAAAUACAAUUUAGCUGAUGUAUAUUUCUCUGUUAUCGUAGCUACAAAUCUUGCUUUAAGGAAAGUGGGUUCUGACCUAAUUGAAAGCUUUAUUAUUACACUACAUUGUGAUUGCACACUCGGUCUCUAUCCACUUGACUCUGUACUCAUGCUCUUUAAGUUCGAAGUGGAAACUUUUUCUCAAACAUGGCUACCAAAAUUGAUUAGUUAAUUGCAGUCUAGAUGUGUGAACGAUACAUGUUAUUAACAGAGUGUGAGUGAGGUUAAAAUUGUUGCAAGGGUAGACUUGGUUUCCAGGGCCCAAUUUCAUAAAGCCUGUAAGCACAAACAUUUGCG